AAAUGCGCCUUCAAAAUUGUGCAUUCGAAUCAGAUUGGCGCUAAAAAAGUCAUCUUAUCGGACGGUCAUCGUCGUCCCCGUUCUGCCGGCCAGCACUUUUCCAAAAUUCCCAAGAAUUAAAAGUAAAAAAAUAAAUUUCUAUAAAAGAACAAUUAUCUUUUUCUCAAAUAUGAUUCAGUCAAACAAAUCAAAAUAAAUAAAUAAAAAAAGCAAUUAAAAGAAAGAAAGAAAAAAGUCCACAAAAAUCAAAUACCAGACUCCUUGCUACUUCCAACGGAAAGUUCCUCACGCGCUGCCUGUUUUUUCCUCCAACGUUCUAAAACAAUGGAAAAAUCCAAAACGGAAACAGAAUGGAAGUCCAGUUCAAUGCAAUCUCCGAGCGGAGAAAAGAACAUGAAAGAUUCGGAUCCUGUAUUGGAUGAGGACGACUUUGUUAUUGUGCCAACAUCGGAGCCAGAGACAAAGGAAAUGCGGGAGACUCAGAUUCCAAAACAGAUUCAAACCGAGCAAUCACCGAGCCGGAGGAAAUCGGUUCAUUGGAGCCCUGAAUUGGUUAGCAAUUCUCCUCCAGCCGAUCACGGUUCCCCCAAGCCCACUCCUAACCGAUCCAAUCCUUACAUUACUCACACUCCUGCUGCCGAAUCUUCCUCGAAUUCCUUCAACGAGAAAAUGGAUAUAGUGAAGGAUGUCUUAGGGAGAUGGGGGAAGAAAGUGGAAGAAGCGACGAGGAAAGCUGAGGAUCUGGCCGAGAACACGUGGCAGCACUUGAAAACAAACUCAAGCUUUACUGAUGCUGCCAUGGGUAGAAUUGCUCAGGGAACAAAGGUUUUAGCAGAAGGUGGUUAUGAGAGGGUUUUUAGGCAAACAUUUGAAACCGUUCCCAAAGAACAACUUCUAAAUUCAUUUGCUUGCUACUUGUCCACAUCAGCUGGUCCUGUCAUGGGAGUUUUAUAUGUUUCAACUGCAAAGCUGGCAUAUUGUAGUGAUAAUCCUCUUUCCUAUAAAAAUGGUAACCAGACUGACUGGAACUUCUAUAAGGUAGUUAUCCCAUUUCAUCAACUUAGAGCAAUUAACCCUUCUUCAAGCAAAAUAAAUCCUGCUGAAAAGUACAUCCAGGUUAUCUGUGUUGAUAGUCAUGAAUUUUGGUUCAUGGGCUUCUUAAACUACAAUGGCGCCGUUACAUGCCUACAGGAAGCAUCACAACUCCAUGGCACACUGUCUAUGUGAUACCAUUCCUGAUGGCAUAAACUUCCAUCAGUUUUAUGAUGUUUUAUUCAACCAUUCACUCCGUGCUAUUUGUAAGCAUUUGAUAAUUGCAUGAUCCAUAGGGAAGCUCUUCGAUUCAGGUAACUUACUAUCAUACCGCAUGUUUCCAUGAGACAAGUUAUUGCUUAUCUAUUCAUUCUCCUAUCGAUUGUCCGAUUACUAGUCUGAGUUGUUUAGCCAUUGUUUUUUGCUGCUUGCAACAACUUCAUCAAAUGGAAUUUGAUUAACAGGGUCAAGACCUAGAUCUGAUGUAAUACCGAUGAAUGGGUUAGUUUGCAAUGUAGGUGAGUAUGAGUAAGGUUGUAAUUGAGCUGACUCCAUACAGCUUGAGGUAUGUAUUAUUUUUGCUGUGACAGCUCAUUUGAGUACCUGUGUAUAAAAUAAGGUAGUCAACAAUAUGAGGCGUUAAUGUUUUUUAAA